AAUGAGCCAAGGCCAAUGAGUGGCAGGUGAAAAAAUAAUUAAUUGUAUCAUUUGUCUUCUAGUAUACAUUGAAAAUGGGUCCCACAGACCCGAACACCACACUAGGGUUAAUACAGUAUAUACAUGGUCACUGGCACUGCUUAACAUGGUGUAUGGUUCAAUGCAUCUGAUGCCAAAACGUCAACUCAAACAUAAGCAUGUGCGUGACGUUACUUCCACUCAGGUGAGUUAGCUAGUCGCCCCAGCUAUACCACAUGCUGAAAACAUGGCUGCUUCUGUACGUGUGAGGACGUGGAACAGCACGGCUAGCUCAGUGAAAACCUGGCUCCUUUAUUUGGCAGGGAUUCUUUUACUAGGAGAUGUAAAUAGCGGGGUGAUGGCAGCUCCAGAACCUGGACAAUGGAGAAUUACAGUUGUCAAUACCUCAAGACCAUUGCUUUUGAGGAAAUCCAUGUAUAAAGACACUGAUAUCAAAUUGAAAGUUGUGUCCUUUGGAUGUCCAGAGGAGAUGACUUUUACCAUUCAAUGGUACUUGAAAUACUACCCCUGUCACAACGAGUUCAAUAAUAUUGAGGAAAUGUAUGAGAGGACGCCACUGAGUCGAGGACAGAGUAUGGAUCCUAACCCUCUAGGACAAGGGGAAUGCAUUGAGCACAAGCACAAGCCCUUGACCUGCAACAAUGACGUGCGAUACUUCCCAAUGCUAAAUAAAGCCAAGGUGGAACCACGGAUAGUUGUCCCGCCCAUGGAAGGGGCAGCACCGGGUUCGGAUGAAAACUACACCAAUUGGACGAUGGAGGAGUACGACAAAGUCAGCGGUGUGAAGAACGCCAGUGUGUCACUUAAAGAUGAUGUCAUUGCCACCACGUGGAAGGAUGGCCCCUAUCUGUUUGUGGUGGUGAUUAAAUCUAACAAACAGGAAGCUAACUGGAAUUUAACUGUAAACGUUGUAAUGAAAGGAACUCACGGCUACAUCUCCAUCACUGAAUGGCCUCUCAUGAUCUUCUACAUGGUGAUGUGUAUAGUGUACAUCCUGUACGCGUUACUCUGGUUCAUGUGGGCUGCCUGCUACUGGAAGGACUUACUGCGGAUCCAGUUCUGGAUAGCUGGAGUCAUCUUUCUGGGCAUGGUGGAGAAGGCUGUGUUCUGUGCUGAGUACGAGAACACCAACGGUGUCGGGGCAGCUUCUCCAGGCCUGUUGAUCUUUGCUGAGCUCAUCUCUGCCCUGAAGAGAACCCUGGCACGGCUGCUGGUCAUUAUUGUUAGUCUGGGAUAUGGAAUAGUCAAGCCUCGACUGGGUACAGUGAUGCACAGAGUGGUGGGACUAGGCGUCCUGUACUUUGCCUUUGCUGCUAUCGAAGGUGUGCUUAGAAUCACUGGGGCGAAAGACUCUGACCUGGCUCUGUUGGCCAACAUUCCUCUGGCUCUGCUUGACUCCUCUCUCUGCUGGUGGAUAUUCGUGAGCCUGGCUCAAACUAUAAAGACACUGAAGCUGAGGAGAAACCCAGUCAAACUGUCUCUCUACAGACACUUCACGAACACACUCAUCUUUGCCAUCAUAGCUUCAAUCAUUUUCAUGGUGUGGACGACAAAAAAAUUCAGGCUAGCAGAUUGUCAAUUGGACUGGAUGGAGCUGUGGGUAGAUGAUGCCUUCUGGAGGUUCCUCUUUUCCAUCAUACUGCUGGUGAUCAUGUUCUUAUGGAGACCAUCUGCUAACAACCAGAGGUAUGCAUUCACUCCUCUGAUGGACGACUCUGAUGAUGAGGAGAUCGAGGAGUUUCUGGUGUCAGCUAAUUUGGCUGAUGGCAUAAAGUUGAGAGCAACCAACGCCAGGAGUGAGACAAACGGUUCAGCCAAGCCUUCAGGACCCAACCCGGAUGAAGACAUGAAAUGGGUGGAAGAGAACAUUCCUACCUCUUUAACAGACGUAGCGUUGCCUGUCCUUCUCGACUCGGAUGAGGAAAUCAUGACUACAAAAUAUGAAAUGUCCAAGAUGGAGUAACAUGGAAAGUCUUCCUCCUACCCACGGUGGAUGCAGAGCAUCUCUUCCUCGGGUUCCUAAUGCAUGGCAUGGAAUAGACAGAUCAUCUGGAGCACGACACCUCUCCAAUCCUAGUCCUAGGGCUGUUUAGGCUGAGACUCAAACCUCUGUUCCUCUGUACAACACUACUGUGGCUUAACACAACACCUCUGACUUGGCGAUCAGCAGGGUCCUAUUCAUUGGGCAUCAAAUGGAAGAAAGUGUAUUAAAACGGGGAAGUACUACUUCAACUUGUCCAAUAAGACAUACUUGUUUUAGUUUUCCUUUCCAGAGCGUUUUGUUACGGUGUGCCCUAAUGUAUUCAACCUAUGUUAUAUGUGGGCAUCAGAAAAUCUCGCCUGCAAUACUCCUAUUCUGCGCAUCCCAAAUGGCACCCUGUUCCCUAUAUAGGGCACUGCUUUUGGCCAUGGCCCAUACGGUUUUAUAGGGAAUAGGGUGCCAUUUGGGAUGUAACUUUUAUGAGACUUCUGUUCCAAACACUUUGUUAAAUGCUGUAUGUAUUUAUUAACAUUUUUGCUCACUAAACUUGACUUUAUAGGAGAGAGGAACAAGCUGGUAUAUUAUUUCAACACCAAUUGGACACUACAUAAUAACAUUACACCUCUGAAUGUUAUCAUCUAUCAAAGUAAUAUUGGUAUAGUAAACGUUAUUUAUUAUAUAUUUCACUAAGUAAAGCUUUAUUGCAUCCUAACCAAAGUAUAAUGUGAUGUGGGAGAGUGUGCGUUUUUGUCUAGGCUGGGACACAGGAUUUAUAUGUGCAGUGUGUUACGCAGUACUAAACAGAAGUGUUCUUGAUAAUGUCAGUGUACGAUUGCAGGACUUGAGGUCUGUUCAGGAGGAUGUAACGUUACAGAAUGUUAAGAUAGAAAUGUAUGGUGUAGAAGAGAUUGUCUGGCAGAUAGAAAUACAAGGAAUAGAGCUGACAUGAUUCCCUAUUCUAUCUACUAUCAAUGUUCAGAAAGUUUACAUCACUGAAUGGACCCCUGAGGUUGGUAGAGGAAGUACUGUAAUUGAGGCUUACAUCAUUGAGGAGUUGUGUUUGAAUGUGAGUGGAGGGAAUCUUUAGCCUGGUUCCAGAUCAGCAAUAACAGCGUUACAAUGGCCAUAGGAGUUGGCAAGACGGCACAAACACAUCUGGGAUCAGGCUAGGUAGUCCUCUGUUUCCGCUAGUCAAAUAAAGAGCAAUAUUAAAUACGUCCUAUGACCUUGUAAGGUUUACUUACACUCCUCUGGUACCCUCCCUUUACCUGUUUUACAUUGCUUGUACACUAAAUGGUACCCUAUUCCCAUUAGCAGGGGUGCUAAACUCAUUCCAUGGAAGGUUUUAGUUUUUUCCUUUCAAUUAAGACCUAGACAAUCAAGUACAAAGGAGGAGUGAAAACCCACAGAUGCUCAGCCCUCCAUGGAAUGAGUUUGAGAUGUGUGCCCUAUAUAGUGCACUACUUUUGACCAGAUCCCUAUGAGCCCUGGUAUAAAGUAGUGUGCACUAUAUAAGGCAUAGCGUGCUAUUUGGGACAAACAUGGCUAUUUAUUUAUGUUUAAGUGUACUUACAACUUGCUUUAUUUAGUUUACUCUAUAGGUACAUUUAUGGGGAUAUUGUGUGAUAAGUUUUAAUGUUAUUUCUGAUUUGUUGUCAUCUGUCUAGCUUGUUCUAAAACUCUUUUUAAAGGACAAACUAUUGGAAAUGACUCUUGUCUAAUUGAUUAAUUCAUGCUUUUAUUUUGCCGUUGAAAAGGGGAAGUGUCUACGACUCCAACACCCCUAUCUCCAUCUUAUGUUCUGUAAUGGUACAACACUUUCAAAGUAUAGAUUCUUUGUGCACCAUUUCUGUAACGGUAAUCGGUACUGGUGCCAGUUAGAUGGUGUAGGUGUCUGAAGUCUUCAGAUGUAGAAGAGACUGGGGGGGGCUUGUCUCGUGUGGACAUUCCCAUUUCCAAAUAGGAUGAUGUUGUAUUGGUCCAUGUUGUGCUCUGCAGCCUUUACCUAGGUUAGGGAGUUAUGAUUUCACUCACAACCUCAACUAUUUCCUAGGACCUGUCCAGAAACAUUCCCUAGUCCCUACCCACUAGAUUUUCUUACAUCUGUCCAAUCCUUGCAUAGGUAGGGUGUAGGUGUCAGUUUGGGAAUCAGGCCCUAGUAUAUGUAGUGCUUUCCCUAACUUGUAUAAAUUAAGAUUCUUACUCAGACCCUGACAUUCUUCUCUUUAUGAUCAUUAUUUCCCUCUUAUGUAGCCUACAACUGUAUGUCUGCCUCAGAGUUGGUUAUUUUCACUUAACAGACUGGUUUUGGCUGACUGUUAGUAGUGUUAUUAUAUUAUUUACUGCCUUAUACCUAUUUUUGGAAGGGUUAACGUCUUCAGAGCUAUGCUGGAACUUUUAAACCCAGGGCCUGUAUUCAUAAAGCGUCUCAGUAUGAGUGCUGAUCUAGGAUCAGUAUGAGUGCUGAUCUAGGAUCAGUAUGAGUGCUGAUCAAGGAUCAGUUUGACCUUUUAGAUCGUAAUGAAUAAAAUGGACUCCUGAUUAGCACGCCUACUUUGAGAUGCUUAGUAAUGUACAUAUGGCUCCAGAUCAAUUUGGCUUGUUUGUCUUUUUAUUUCUGUUGACAGAGCAGAGAGAGAGAACAGCACCUUGUUAUUAGUAUGCCAAACUGUAAAUCUGUAUUUAUGAUGUUUGUUGAAAAUCUUUGUUUUCUGAUCGAUUUCAAAACGAUGGUUAAUUUAAUUGUAAAUAAAAAUGUUUUACAAAUUUA